CCAAGCAUUAUUACUGCGCUUGUUCGUUUCCGGAGAAACGAAAGAGCUAAAAAAGAACGUAGAGCCCAGGAUUGGAAUGGUAAAGAUUCCAGAUUUGGGAAAUGGGGAAAUGAAGAAAAGAGAAUAGCAGAAUUAAACCGGAAUUGGAAAAAAAAAAACAGUGACUUUUCAGCAAAAUCGGCUACCGGCGUACGUAUUUGCUUGACAAUUGAGGGAAUCCUUCGAUUUUUCAACAGUUCCUUCUUCACCCCUGCAGCCUCCAUUCAGCACCGCCGGAUUCCGCCAGUGUUACUGCACCACCGGUGAGAAAAGGAUUCACACGUUAACAAUUGUAACCGGUGGGCGAGAUGAAAGAAAGUAGAGAUGGUACCAGGACUGCUAGAACAUCUACAAAAUCUUCAUCUGCCGACUCCUAUCCACUUGUUCUAGACAUUGAUGACUUCAAGGGGGACUUCUCUUUUGAUGCCUUGUUCGGCAACUUAGUUAAUGAGCUGCUGCCUUCUUAUCAAGAAGAGGAUGCAGAUUCAGCAGAGAGCCAUAGCAAUAUCACUGCUAAUGAUCUUUUGCCAAAUGGGAGCUCACGACUUCCAUCAGAUGCAGGAAAGUCGAGUCCGAUGUUUCCUGAGGUUGAUGCUCUACUGUCUUUGUUCAAGAAUUCCUGUACACAGUUGAUUGAUCUUAGAAAGCAGAUUGAUGGGAAACUGCACAAUCUUAAGAAAGAAGUUUCUGUCCAAGACUCUAAGCACCGCAAGACACUUGGUGAGCUCGAGAAAGGUGUGGAUGGCUUGUUUAAUAGUUUUGCUAGGUUGGAUUCACGGAUAUCUAGUGUUGGGCAAACUGCAGCAAAAAUCGGUGACCACUUACAGAGUGCAGAUGCUCAGCGUGAAACUGCUAGUCAGACAAUAGAGCUCAUAAAGUAUUUAAUGGAGUUCAAUAGUAGUCCGGGAGACCUGAUGGAGCUUUCUCCUCUCUUCUCUGAUGACAGCCGUGUUGCUGAAGCUGCUUCUAUUGCACAGAAAUUAAGGUCAUUUGCUGAGGAAGAUAUAGGAAGACAAGUAGUCACUGUCCCAUCAGUUGUGGGGAAUGCAACAGCAAGCAGAGGACUGGAAGUUGCAGUGGCCAAUCUUCAAGAAUAUUGUAAUGAAUUGGAGAACAGAUUAUUGUCCCGAUUCGAUGCAGCAUCACAAAAAAGGGAUUUGUCUACGAUGGCUGAGUGUGCCAAAAUUUUGUCACAGUUCAACAGGGGUACUAGUGCUAUGCAACACUAUGUGGGACUUCGUCCAAUGUUUGAUUUGGAGGUUGUGAAUGAAGAUGCCAGAUUAGUUCUUGGUGACCAGGGUUCCCAGCCUAGUCCUAGUAAUGUUGCACGUGGCCUUUCUUCGUUGUACAAAGAAAUCACUGAUAUGGUGCGCAAAGAAGCUGCUACCAUUACUGCUGUGUUUCCUUCUCCAAAUGAUGUCAUGUCAAUAUUGGUUCAGCGUGUAUUGGAGGACCGAGUUCCGAAACUUCUUGAGAAACUUUUGGACAAACCAUCUCUUGUUAAUUCACCUGCCAUGGAAGAAGGUGGACUUAUAUUAUAUCUGAGAUUACUAGCAGUUGCAUAUGAGAAGACACAGGAGCUGGCAAGGGACUUGCGUGGUGUGGGAUGUGGUGACUUGGAUGUUGAAGGCCUAACAGAAUCUCUGUUUCUGCCCCACAUAGAUAUCUAUAUCGAAUAUGAGCAAGCCUCUCUCAGACAACUCUACAAGACCAAGUUGGAGGAACUACAUGCUGAAUGUCAGCAAUCAUCUGAAUCAACUGGGACAAUUGGACGCACAAAAGGAGCUUCAAUUGCUUCUACCCACCAGCAGAUAUCUGUUACUGUGGUGACAGAGUUUGUGCGGUGGAAUGAAGAAGCCAUAUCAAGGUGUAAUUUGUUUGCCCCACAGCCUGCAGCACUUGCAGCUAAUGUCAGAGCUGUUUUCACAUGCCUUCUUGACCAAGUGAGUAUAUACAUAACUGAAGGACUUGAAAGGGCUAGAGAUAGUCUUACUGAAGCAGCUGCUUUAAGGGAAAGGUUUGUAAUUGGAACAAGUGUUAGUCGAAGAGUUGCUGCUGCUGCUGCUUCUGCUGCCGAAGCAGCUGCUGCUGCUGGUGAAAGCAGUUUCAGAUCUUUCAUGGUGGCUGUGCAACGUUGUGGAAGCAGUGUGGCCAUUGUCCAGCAAUAUUUUGCGAACUCUAUUUCCAGGCUUUUAUUACCAGUGGAAGGUGCUCAUGCCGCUUCUUGUGAAGAAAUGGCAACAGCUAUGUCAAGUGCAGAGGGUGCAGUACAUAAAGGGCUACAGCAAUGUAUUGAAACAGUCAUGGCUGAGGUGGAGCGGUUACUAUCAGCUGAGCAAAAAGCAACAGAUUAUCGGUCACCUGAUGAUGGGAUUGCUCCUGAUCAUCGGCCAACAAAUGCCUGCACGAGAGUGGUGGCCUACCUUUCACGAGUGCUUGAAGCUGCAUUCACUGCGCUAGAAGGUCUUAACAAGCAAUCUUUCCUGACUGAACUUGGAAAUCGCUUGCACAAGGGUCUGCUUAAUCAUUGGCAGAAGUUUACUUUUAAUCCUAGUGGAGGAUUGCGAUUAAAGCGUGAUAUAACAGAGUAUGGGGAGUUUGUCCGCAGUUUCAAUGCUCCUCCAGUUGACGAGAAAUUUGAGUUGCUCGGCAUCAUGGCAAAUGUCUUUAUCGUUGCUCCUGAAAGCCUGUCCAGUCUAUUUGAGGGAACCCCGAGUAUUAGAAAAGAUGCACAAAGGUUUAUUCAACUUAGAGAUGACUACAAGAGUGCAAAACUUGCUUCUAGACUGAGCUCCUUGUGGGCUGGCUCCAAUUGAAACAACAUGCAAGCUCAAGGCGAAAUGAACUACUACUCCUCUGAAUGGUGAAACUCAUUGGCAGAUGUAUCUAUCACCCGUGCAACAAAGAAAUUUUCUGAGACAGAUUGCAGAAAUAUUCGUGUCUAGAGUCCACUAUAUUCCUGUUUCUUUCUUCUCUUUUAUUUGACUUAUGGAUAUGGUAUCGUGGUAGAGUGUAUAUUGAUGAACUGUUGUAGUUUUAGCUAGAUUCUAUUUGUUUUUCCUGUUCUGAUUAUUGUAGAGAUGGAGGUACGCGACGGGUGAUUCCAUUGUUGUUGAUGAAUGGCCAUGAGAGCUUGUUUUGUAAGUGGUGUUUGUAGUGGAAUUGGGAAUUUCCAUCCAUCCAUCCUUAAUUCCCUUCAUUUUAAGUUU